AUGGGUAUUCCAAUGUACCGCGAGCCCUCGUCUACCGAGGCCUCCAAGAAAAAUGCGAUCAAAGAUCCUUCAGCUGCUGCGCGCUCGGCAAUUCGUCGUCAGGCCACUAUCCGCCGUCCUUCGCGCCAUGGAACCUUCCGCGGCGCGUCUCACCGCUUAGAUCGCCCUAAUUUUGUCAAUUCGGUGUUCUAUGAUAUGUUAUCAGAUUGGAAUGCUAUUGAUCGCACGCGCCCCAGCCGGAGCAUAGGCGAAAUUCUUGCGCGUGAAGCGAGAGAAUUGGAAGAUCUGUCGGCAACACCACCACAGGACGAGUCGCCGGAUUUACUUGGUGGUCCUACAGAUGCGAAUAGACGGGAAGCUGGUCAGCGCUUGCUUGCUGAUGCUGCCCGUCAUAGCCAGCCUGGCCGGCGAUUAAGGAUCCCUCGCGAUACCAUGUUGACUGAGCUGAUCAAUCGUCCGUCGCCCGGAGGUGGCCCAAGAAAUCAACAGAGCUCGGAACACCCGCCCUUUACACCGCGAUUUGCUCCUGCUAUAGCAUACCAUAGUGCCGUUGCGUCACAACCUAACGCCCGUCGUUCCCCUUUCCCCAGAUUGGAUACACCAGGGGAUCUGGGACUGCCAAGAGUCCCGCAAUUGCGGAGAGCAAUCGAACAGUCAAUCACUGAUUUAAACCGGCCAUUUAGUGAGCCUUCUAUUGAUGGCCUUGGAGAUCGCCAGCGAAGUUUGAGUCCUGAUGAUGAUGAUUAUGCACACAACCCAUGGGAGACGCUUCUUACGACCAUCACGCCUGAUGCCAACCUUCCCAGCAACGAGCCCUCAUUCGCAUCGACAGCUUCUACCACCAAUGCGUCAAGAAAUGGAACCACGGCAACUUCAACCAACUCGACGCAAACACUGCCGUCUAGUCUGGAUUCCGCUACCGCGAAUGUUCACCUUGCUCUCGACCCCUAUCCAGAAUUUCUGAACCCUUGUGACUAUCCGACAUCGUCAGACUCCGAAUCUGACCCGGAACUUGAUCUCGAGGGAAACCGUCAGGCACGCCGCCGACACGCUAUGCCUCGACCCCGGUUCAUGGAUACCCUUCGGCAGUCACACGACAUCAACUCGACUAUGAGCAGCCAACCGCCGAUCCCUACUAUCUCAUUUUCUUUCUCCGACCCGUCGACGGAUCCGGAAUUUCGCCAAAUGCGGAGUAUCAUUAGCCGGUUUGCUAACGGAGAUGUUCCGGAUCACAUGUGGGUCGCUGCUGGGUUGCCUCUGCCUCCCAGCAUCGGUUCAAGACUCGGCGGGGGGGAUGAGGCGCGCGACUCUGACGGAGUUGAUGGUGCACGCCGGGGUAACAUGUGA